AUAAAAAUAAAAUUGUUUUAAGUUUUUGUUGCAUAACUCGUAACUCGCUUGAACCAUUUAAUUCUAAGUUUGAUCAAAUUAAAAUCUCAACAAGUUCUUUCGAUUGCUGCAAAGCACGUGCAAAUCGGUUUAUUUGUUUUGAAGAUAUUGUCGGACAAAAAUUACUUUCUUUCAGCGAAAUGUGUGUUUUUUCGGCCCAGACGUUUUCGAGCUCUCCGAACUUGAAAAGAGCGGGAAAUUUUGGGGCUGGCCCGCAGAGCCAAUCGUUGCCCGGAUUUUUUUUUUAUAAUUAUUUAAAAAUGAUAGUCGGCAUUACAUUCCUCUAUAUAAUCUACAAAUCGAUUUUUUUCUAUGUCUAUAUUUAUAUUUUUUGUUGUUGUUGACUUUCUACCGAUGUUGCGCAUGACGGAUUCUUUUGUACAUCUCAUUUUUUUUUAUUUCUAUUUUUUCCGUCGAAUGUUGUUAUCUAUAAGAUCUACAGUGGCGAGCCAGUAGCAAAAAAAAAAAAAUACUAAAACUGGACCCAAAAACUAUAGAGGGUAGAGAGACCUCUACCCUCCAUCCUCCAUAACAUCAACUGUGGGCCAGAUCUAUAGUAGUCCCGGCGAAAAAGUCGUCUUCCCACUACCAUUAGUUAGCACGUAUUUCCUAUACCUCCACUAUCCAUUUUAGGACGACUUUUUCGCCAGGACUACUGUAGCAGAGCACUGGAUAAAAUAAAAAUAAAUAAUUCAAUUUACUUAGGUUAGUUUGUUUUUGUUUUUAAUUUUAAUUAUUAUUUGGAACUAUUUAUUGCUCAAAAGUAAAGAAACAUCGCCGAUAUCAGACUUCCAAGAUAAAGUAAAUUUAAGCAAUAAAUUAAAAGAAAAAAAAAUGACAACGAGAAACGAGAUGCUGAAUCUAGUUAUCGGAAUUAGUGUAAUUCUUGGCUGUAUUAUAACUGAAGGGGGAACAGCAGCAAUAGAAGUACGAGAAGAAUUGGAACAUCAUAAUAGAUGUGAACCAAUAAACAUUAAUUUAUGUUUGAAUUUGCCUUACAAUGAAACAGUAAUGCCAAAUUUGUUUAAUCAUCAAGACCAGGGAGAUGCUGGUCAGGAUAUGCAUAUGUAUGCACCGCUGGUAAAAGCACACUGUAGCUCUGAUAUACGUGUUUUCUUGUGUUCGAUGUAUGUACCAGUUUGUACUAGUUUUAAAAAAGCAAUACCACCUUGUCGUUCUGUCUGCAAACGUGCUAAAGCAGGGUGCAAUCAGUUCUUAAGAAACUUUAGAUUGCGUUGGCCAUCGGAUUUAAAGUGCUCGAAAUUUCCAGUCUAUAGUGAUCCUGAUAAAUUAUGUAUUGAGUUCACGCCGAAUUUAGGAUUUCGUAUAAAUAAAUCGCUGCCAUGAUUUAAUCAAUGAUAUCUUUAACAAAAUGACGCCAUCAAUUUAAGAAUCUUCAACAUCAGCAGCAACUAAUCUCAACUAAAACAUUAUAAACUACACAUAAUUAUUUGAUGUUAUUAUUACUGCUGUAAAAAAGACAUUCAGUAGCCAAAAUUGAAGCAAAUUUCUUAUAAUACAAUCAUUAACUAAAUGUUAAAAGUUAUUAUAGUUUUUGGAAUACUACCUAAACAAAAAAAUGUAAAAAAAAUUAAUGAAUGCAGUUUUAUAAGUAAUUCAAUAAUUUAAGAAAAUAGUUUUUUUUUAAUAAUUAACAUGUUAAAUUUUAUAAUAAAUAAUAAUAAAAUGAGAUUUUACUGUAAAUAUUGCGGCUUUUAUAGUUUUUGAUUAAACAUUCUGUACCGGUAAAUUAUUUUUUUUUAAUUCCGGAAAUUUCUAUACCCAUUACUUCAAAACUUAUAGACCGAUUUCGCUCACUUUUUAGCUUGAUCAAAAUAUUUUUUUUUUUUUUAUUGAUUAAUAUCAUACGCCGAUAGGCUAUACACAACUGGUUACAGAAUAUAUAGUUACAAAUUUAAGGAAAACUAUGAUUUGAACGGAAAAACAUAUUCAAUUAUAAUUCAACUUUGACUUUUUUGACUGAGGAAAGAAAAAACUUUUAAAAUAUAUAUAUAUAUUAGACUGGGCCAAAAAAAUCGACAAUUUUUUUUUUUUAACGAUACUGUGGAAAUAUUAUUUGGGAUGACAAAAAAAAAUUAUUGUGAAAAUUUGAGCCCUUAAUUUUGAUAUUAAGAGGUGUAUCAUCGCAAUUUUUUAUUUUUUUUUAAUGAGCGGGUUUUUGUCUCAUAACUCUCAAACCAUCGAGAU